AUGGCGUCUACUGAAACCCAGACUGACAUCCCAGAUGGCACAGUAGGAGUGAUCAAGCUGGACCCGUGGCUCGAGCCUUUCCGAGACGCUCUGCAGCGCCGCUUCAAAUUCGUGGACAGCUGGGUCAAGACCAUCAAUGAAACGGAAGGUGGCCUAGAUAAGUUCAGCAGGGGCUAUGAGACAUACGGCAUCAAUGUCAAUGAGAAUGGAGACAUCACCUACCGGGAAUGGGCUCCCAAUGCGGUUCAGGCCGAGCUAGUUGGGGAUUUUAACAAUUGGGAUGUCACGGCCCAUCCCAUGACGAAGAACAGCUUCGGCAUCUGGGAGAUUACGGUGCCAGCAAAAGACGGCGUCCCGGCCAUUCCCCACGACAGCAAAAUUAAGAUCACCAUGGUGACGCCCAGCGGCGAGCGGAUCUACCGACUUCCUGCCUGGAUCAAACGCGUCGUACAGGACCUCAGUGUGUCUCCAACGUACGAGUCGGUGUUCUGGAACCCACCAGCGGCGGAGCAAUAUCAAUUCCAGUCGCCUCGUCCGAAAAAGCCCAAGAGUCUUCGCAUCUAUGAAGCCCAUGUGGGCAUCUCGUCCCCAGAAACCAAGGUUGCGACAUACAAGGAGUUCACAGCCAACAUGCUGCCUCGCAUAAAGGGUCUCGGGUACAAUGCGAUCCAGCUCAUGGCGAUCAUGGAGCACGCCUACUACGCCAGCUUUGGCUAUCAGGUUAACAGCUUCUUCGCGGCCAGCAGUCGCUACGGGACCCCGGAAGACUUGAAGGAGCUGGUGGAUAAAGCACAUAGCCUGGGGUUGGUGGUGCUCCUUGACGUAGUCCACAGUCACGCAUCCAAGAAUGUUCUGGAUGGGCUGAAUAUGUUCGAUGGUACCGACCAUCUUUAUUUCCAUUCGGGAGGGAAGGGUCAGCAUGACCUCUGGGAUAGUCGCUUGUUCAACUACGGGAACCACGAGGUCCUGCGGUUCCUUCUGAGCAACCUCCGCUUCUGGAUGGAGGAAUACAAGUUCGACGGAUUCCGUUUCGACGGUGUCACGAGCAUUCUCUACACCCACCACGGGAUAGGAACUGGCUUUUCCGGCGGGUAUCACGAAUACUUCGGACCUGCAGUGGACGAUGAAGGUGUAAUGUACCUGACACUCGCCAACGAGAUGCUCCACAACCUGUAUCCCGAAUGCAUUACUGUGGCGGAAGACGUGUCUGGGAUGCCAGCACUGUGCUUGCCACACGUCCUUGGUGGUGUCGGGUUUGACUACCGACUAGCCAUGGCGAUUCCAGACAUGUACAUCAAACUCCUCAAGGAGAAGUCGGAUGAUGAGUGGGACAUUGGAAACCUGUCUUUUACCCUUGUCAACAGACGCCACGGCGAGAAGACGAUUGCCUACGCCGAGAGCCACGAUCAAGCACUCGUAGGCGACAAGACCCUCAUGAUGUGGCUCUGUGACAAGGAGAUGUACACACACAUGUCUGUAUUGACAGAACUAACCCCCAUCAUCGAGCGAGGCAUGUCCCUCCACAAACUGCUUCGCCUCGUCACCCACGCCCUCGGUGGAGAGGGAUACCUCAACUUCGAAGGCAACGAGUUCGGACAUCCGGAAUGGCUCGACUUCCCUCGCCAGGGAAACAACAACUCCUUCUGGUAUGCGCGCCGCCAGCUCAACCUCACGGAAGACGAUCUUCUCCGGUACAAGUUCCUGAACGACUUCGACCGCGCCAUGCAGCUGACCGAGGAGAAAUACGGCUGGCUGCACGCACCCCAGGCAUACAUCAGCCUCAAGCACGAAGGCGACAAGGUCCUCGUCUUUGAGCGCGCCGGCCUCCUCUGGAUCUUCAACUUCAGCCCCACCGCCAGCUUCACCGACUACCGCGUGGGCGUCGAACAAGCCGGUACGUACCGGAUCGUCCUCGACACCGACGACAAGGAAUUCGGGGGCUUUGGCCGUAAUCAGAAAGAGACCCGCUUCUUCACAACGGACUUUGCGUGGAAUGGUCGCAGCAAUUACCUCCAGGUGUAUCUUCCGACCAGAACUGCCUUGGUAUGUUUACCCAUUUAUCCAUCCACUAGCCCACCCAACAACCUCACAUAGAGUUAUACAACCAAAAUGCUAAUCCAUCCCACACAGGUCCUGGCAUUGGAAGACACCCUAUAGGUCUAUCUUCCCAACCCAAUCCAACCCAAUCUGAUCAGUAUACCUCAACGUUCACACGGACGGACGG